UUACCUGUUGGGCGAAAUGAGCCAUUUCUCACUCCUUUUCAGUCUCUUCUUGGUUCCUCAUACGCGGGACCACCAGCGUACAGAGUGAGCCUACAGAGUGAGAAGAGUUUGUGCGCGCGCGCGCGCGAGCACUCUCUUCGUCGGAGAUUCUAAUUCUCAGAGAUUGUCGAUUCUCCUCCAUUUUGAUUUUUUCGAUUUCUGGAAUUUAUCGCAAGCGAAGAUGAAUCCGAAUUUGCAGAACAUCGCACUUUCUCGGUGAGGAGUAGCUGGGCUAGGGUUCUGCUUUGAAGAUCUGAUCUGAGUUUUGGUAAAAGAAUCAGUCAUGGGGAUUGCAUUUACUCGAUUGUUUUCUUCGUUGUUCGGUAACAGAGAAGCUCGAAUUCUUGUUCUCGGACUUGACAAUGCUGGAAAAACCACAAUUCUCUAUCGGCUUCAGAUGGGUGGAGUUGUGUCCACAAUUCCAACAAUUGGGUUUAAUGUGGAAACCGUGCAAUAUAACAACAUAAAGUUUCAAGUUUGGGAUCUAGGUGGGCAGACCAGUAUCAGGCCAUAUUGGAGAUGCUAUUUUCCUAAUACUCAAGCCAUAAUCUAUGUUGUUGAUUCAAGUGACACUGAUAGGCUGGUCACUGCUAAAGAUGAGUUUCAUGCAAUCCUGGAGGAAGAAGAGUUGAAAGGUGCCGUUGUGCUCAUUUUUGCAAACAAGCAGGAUCUUCCUGGUGCACUUGAUGAUGCUGCAGUAACUGAGGCCUUGGAGUUGCACAGGAUAAAAAACCGCCAAUGGGCUAUUUUUAAAACUUCUGCAAUAAAAGGAGAAGGUUUAUUUGAGGGUUUGGACUGGUUGAGUAAUACACUCAAGUCUGGAGGCAGUUAACUUCUUUGGGAUAAGAGACACAAGCUAUGUGCUGCAUAGGAAAGCCAGAACUCGGAGUUUCACUAUAUCCUUGGUAUAUUAUGUGAUUAGAGAUUUUAGAAAUGGGUGAAGUUACUUCUUCUUUUACUAACAUUUUUUUUUGGUGUGCUACUAACAUACCCGAUAAAUUUUCAUUGAAGAAUGACAUUUGGCCAAUUUUACUGUGUUCCCAAUUUUCUCUUUUCCAGUACUUUUAUGCUGCCUUGAAAGUUGCAUCCUGCAGUGUUGUAUUUGUUUGCCUGUUUUUGCAAAAAAAAAAAAAAAAAAUACAAAUUAUUUCUUUCAUUGUGCUUCUGGGUGUUUUCUGUUCUCUAUAUAGAGUGAACUUUCGAGGCUUUAAUGUAGUGAGGUGUGACGGGUUAGUAGGCUUAACUUAACUGAAAAAUGCUUCCGUAUUGUUUAAAUUUCUUUGUAUUUUGAUGAAUUGAUUUGAUUUUGGACUAAGUGGGGCAUUACCUGAACCGUAUGAAUCCAUUCGAUUUGUCUA